GCACCUUCUAGCUUUAGAGUUGAGAGCGCGAACGGAGAGGUCUAGAGAUCUUGGAUGUGUCGUUAUGUUGCAGUUUGGCCAGUUGUCAGCCCCGGUUGGCCUCAAGUUGAGAUUCAUCAUUGUUCGUUUUCCCCGUCUGCCUUUCCUGCGUGCUGUGAUACUAUGGUCGGUGUCGCAGUCACUAGCACUGUCAUCAAUUGGCAUGACUAUUAAUACGAGAGCCCGUCUCACGCUUCUUCAGGCUCUACGAUCCCUAUCACGGAUCAUAUCACCGACACGGGCAGUCUUAGACAACAAUGGACAGAUCUGAUCUCCUGGCGGUGCUAAGGAUGUUGUG